AUGCGCUUGGAUUUUCAGAGAAAAUUACUUUCCCACACAGAACGUGUGAAGGCGGUCGAUUUUCACCCCACGGAGCCUUGGGUCCUGGCUUCGCAUUAUAAUGGACAGGUUGCCAUUUGGAAUUAUGCAACUCAGUCUCUCGUUCGAAGUUUUGAAAUUAAUGAUGUUCCAAUCCGCUCAUGCUUGUUUAUAGCUAGAAAAGGUUGGUUCGUUUGCGGUAGCGAUGACUUUCAGCUUCGUGUAUACAAUUACAAUACUGGCGAAAAGGUAACUCAAUUCGAGGCUCAUCCUGAUUACAUUCGGGCGCUGGCCGUCCAUCCUACUCAGCCAUUUGUCCUUUCUUGCUCCGAUGAUACAAAAAUAAAGGCAUUUAACUGGGAGAAAAAUUGGAAAUGCGUUCAGACUUUUGAAGGUCAUUCUCGCUAUGUCAUGAGUCUCGCCAUCAAUCCUAAAGAUACAAACACCUUUGCUUCUUGCUGCCUCGACGGAACCGUGAAAGUUUGGAAUUUUGGCUCUCCCGUUGCCAAUUUUACCUUACAAGCACACGAUCGUGUUGUCAACUAUGUAAGCUAUUACCCUGCUGGCGAUAAACCAUAUUUAGUUACUUCAGGAGAUGAUAGGCUGAUUAAGAUAUGGGAUUACCAGACCAAGGCUUGUGUACGCGUCCUCGAGGGACACACAAACAAUGUAUCUUUUGCUGCUUUCCAUCCCAAGUUCCCUCUCAUCAUUUCAGGAGGUGAAGAUGGCACUGUCAAAAUCUGGCAUACUCUUUCUUAUUCACUCAUUAAAUCCUACAACUUCUCUUUAGAUCGUGCUUGGUGUAUAACACAACAUAAGGAGAACGGCUUGAUCUCGAUAGGUUUUGAUAAUGGAAUUAUUACAUUCUCUUUGGGCCGUGAUGAGCCCUCUGUCACAAUGGACACUUCCGGUAAAAUUGUUUGGUGCGACUAUAACGAAGUCAUGUCUGCUAUGAUUCGCCCCGUAAAAGAACAAGUUGAGUUAAGUGAAGGCUCCCCCGUGGCUCUCUCCGUCAAAGAACUUGGUACUACCGAGUUAUAUCCUGCAACCCUCAAGCAUUCUCCAAAUGGUCGUUUCGUCUCCGUUUGUGGAAAUGGCGAUUAUAUUAUUUAUACUGCCCUUGCUUGGCGUAAUAAAGCUUACGGUAAAGCUUUGGAUUUUGCUUGGGGUUAUGAUUCUAAUGUUUAUGCCACUCGUGUCUCUGAUCGCUCUAUUGAGAUUUUCAAAAAUUCCAAACGCAGCUCCGUCUUAGAUUUGUCUUAUCCUUGUGACACCAUUUUUGGUGGUUUUUUGUUGGGUGUUGCCGGCUCCGAUUUUAUUUGCUUUUAUGAUUGGGAAACUCAUGCUUUAGCUAGAAAGAUUGACGUGAAACCUCGUAAUGUUUAUUGGGAUCCUGAGCACCGUUAUGUCAUUUUGGCUUGUUCUAACGAACUGUAUCUAUUGAAUUUCAAAUCUGAAGUUUUCUACGAUGCUGUUGCUAACAAUGUUGCUGAUGAAGAAGAGGGUGUAGCUGAUUCUUUUGAGGCUCUUGCUGAUGUCCCUGACAGUGUAGUCAAUGGUGAGUGGAUUAAUGACACAUUCAUUUAUACCACCAACAAUGCUCGCUUAAACUACCUGAUUGGUGAUCAAACCUACAAAAUUGCAAAUGUUGAGCACAGCUUCUAUUUACUGGGUUAUGUCGCUCGUGACGCUCGUAUUUACUUGACAGACCGUGAUAUGAACGUCGUUAGUUACUCCUUCAACCUAGCGACUGUUCGGUAUCAAUCAUUUGUAUUAGCGGGAGAAUUGGAAAAUGCUCGUAACAUGCUUGAAAACAUCCCCGAAGCCGACCGUGAGCAUCUUUCAGACUUUUUGGCCAAACAAGGGUAUAAGGAGGCUGCCUUGGAGCUUUCUUCCGAUAAUGUUCAAAGGUUUGAGCUUGCUAUUGAAGCCAAGCGAUUGGACAUUGCUGCUGAACUUGCUAGGUCAUUUAACGACUCGUUGAAAUGGCGUGCACUUGGAGAUGCAGCUCUGAAUGCAUGGGAUUUUGCACUUGCUCAGGAAAGUUUCGAAAAGGCUCAAGAUUAUGGAUCUCUUUUAUUGUUGUAUACUUCCAGCAAUAAUCAAGAAGGACUUAAAGAACUUUCGAAGCUCACAAGUGAAUUAGGAAUCAGCAACACUAGUUUUAUCUGUUCAUGGCUAACCAAUCAGCCAGAAAAGUGCUUGGAUGUUUUACGCUCGAGUCAAAGAUAUGCCGAAGCAAGCUUGUUUGCAAGUACGUUUAAGCCUGAAGAAGUUCAGAAUGCAUUGCCAGAAUGGAAAUCUGACUUGGUAGCAAAGCACAAGGAACGUAUUGCUGAAGCUCUUGAUGACUUGGAAAUCAAAGAUUAA